CGAGUCCCGACUUUAAGUUUGAAAAGGUAAUUUCAAGGAUUUGAGAAAGGCGCGACAGCAGGACGUCACGUUGCGUUCACCCUCAAGGGGGUUGAUCAUGGGCAUCUGAUUGUAACCAGUUCAUCGUGCAGUUGUGAAGAACGUAGAAGGGAAACUUUGAAACCGCAAGGGAAGCCCCCUCGUGUAAGUAACGCGGUCACUAUGGGUGACGAAGUGAAGGAAGAGGUGGAAGUCAAAGCGGAGAAGGAGGAUCUUGGCGUCUUUGAUCCCUCCAAGAAGAAGAAGAAGAAGAAGGUCAGAAUCGCAGAGGACGAGGAAGCGGACGGGGUGGCGGAGAAGAUGGAGAACUUGAAUGUUGGUGAGGAGGAGGUGGCAGCCAACGGGGAUGGGGACUCCUUCGCCGGUCUGAAGAAGAAGAAAAAGAAGAAGAAGCCCGUCGGGGACGAGGCUCCGGAAGAGAACGAGGGCGAGGAUGCGGAGGGGGAUGCGGAGGUGACGACAUCCACGUUUUCGCUGCCUCUAAAGAAGAAGAAGAAGAAGAAGACGCAUACGGAGGAUGAGGAGGCUGCCCCGGAAGGGGAAGAUGCGCACGAUGAGGAGGGAGGGGCCGAUCACGAGGAUGAGGAUGAUGAGGAAGAAGAGGAGCCGACGAAGAAGUACCCCUGGGAGGGCACGGAUCGCGAUUACAAGUAUGAGGAGCUGCUGGACCGCGUGUUCGGCAUUCUUCGUGAGAACAACCCUGAGCUGGCGGGCGAGAAGCGGCGGACCAUCAUGAAGCCGCCGCAGGUGCUGCGGGAAGGGACCAAGAAGACCGUCUUUGCCAACUUCACCGACCUCUGCAAAACGAUGCAUCGUCAGCCGGAGCACGUGAUGGCCUUCCUGUUGGCGGAGCUGGGGACGAGCGGUUCCCUCGACGGGCAGCAGCGCCUCGUCGUCAAGGGCCGUUUCCUGCCCAAGGUCUUUGAGGGAGUCCUGCGGCGGUAUGUCAACGAGUACGUCAUGUGCAACGGGUGCAAGAGUCCCGACACCAUUCUGUCCAAGGAGAACCGGCUGUUCUUCCUGCGGUGCGAACAGUGCGGCUCGUCGCGCUCGGUCGCGCCCAUCAAGGCCGGUUUCGUAGCUAGGGUCGGAAAGAGAAAGGCCACCGCAGGAUAGACAAACCCCGCCCGUCGCAUCUGCAGUACACCAGACAGAGAAACCUUCGCGGUUCGCACGGGUGCUUUUGCACUCGUUUUUGAGAGGAGGAGAAGCGUACGACAGCGUUAGCUUGGUAGGACACGUUUGGCGAUGGGGGUUGGUCGUUGGCGCAGUGCGCCGCAGUGUGGUUUUGUUGCGACAGUCGUGAUGGGCAAGUCCCUGGUCGGUGCUUGUUCCAUGCGCCAUGAAACAAGAAAGCGGACUCGAUGGGGGGGCAGCAGCAGAUAUUUGGGGGACAGGGGUUAUGGAAAGUGUCUCCGGUUUGAAGGGUUGAAUAGAGGAGCUGCUUGCUGGGGGUUCGGUGCGAGAGUUGGUACUUGUAGGCAGUUGAUAGGUUUCCAUUUCAAAAUGCUUGUCACUCUGAACAGGACGUAUCUUUGUAGUUCCUGUACUCUUAUUACUCCAUCCACAGAUCCAACUUUUAGUGGGCACCGCAAUGUUGUCUUCUUUUCAAGGCUUCACCAACUUCGUAGUUCCAUAUCGGCUUGGCG